UGUGGACAGUAGCAUAACAAUUUAUAAUGGUUAUAUUAGAUUAGUGUUUGUUAAAGUAUAUUGUUAAUUAAUUGGUAAGAACGAUGGCUUCCUUAGUUGCGGAUUAUGGAACUUCCUCGAGUUCAGAAAGUAGCAGCGAUGAUAUUUCGGACGGUGCUGAUAACACUUUUAAGGAAAAGGAAGAAGGGGAUGAUGAAGAAGAAGAAAAUAAUGAAAACAAUGAAGGGGUAAAUAAAUCAGCUUCCAAAGAAAAACUUCCAUUACCAACUCCAGACUUUAAUGGCAUGCCUACCAUGAAAACUUCAGUCUUCUCAAAUCCAUUUGUUGAAGCAGAGAAAGCAAAGAGUGCAAUUCUUGAAAAACAUGUGAAAAUGACUCCAACUCUUGAUGAUACAAAAAUGAUAAAUGGUAGAAAGAUUUGCUGGAAUUAUAGGAAAGGUAGAUGUCGGUUUGGUCAUAAUUGUACCUUUGCACAUGAUUCUGAUUUACAUCGUACAGCAGCUGAAUUAGAAGCAAUUCGAACACCACAGGAAACAGUUAUUUGUCAAACUCAAUAUAAUGGUCAAGUUCCCAUUAAUGAGGAUGAUGAGAUAGAUCAAGAAAAUAAUCAAAUGAGUAAACGUAAAAAGAGGCCAGGAUUAAGUCAAUCCUUAGUACCUAGUAAGAAAGUUUUAAAAAUGUACAAAGCACAACAGGCUAAAGCUAUUAGUAGAUAAAUGUAAUUGUGUCAAGUAUACAAGUAAUUUUAACAUGUAAUUAGCUGCUCUAAACAGAAAAUAAUUUAUGAUUUAUAUGCUUUAUAAUUCAAAUGGAUUGAUCAAGUGAAAUUGAUUGAAAAUUGCAUAAAAAAUGAGUGAGAAAAGCAUGAAAUGCUUUGUGAAGAAGAGAACAGUAUAAGAGAUUAACGAAUUCCUUAUAUAUCAAGAGAAGUUUAAAAAAAUGAAACAAAUAUAUGCUUCCAGUAAAAUUAUACAAAAGAUCAUGA